CUCUGCUCCAGAUGCAUUGGGGCAGGGGGCUGACAUGGCUUCUCCUGGCCUUCCAGGACAGGGGGAAAUUGUGCCCUGUGGCACUGCCACAAAAGCCAUGGAGGAGGAGCAGAAUGUCCGGCCUGGCCAGGACAGACGCAAAAUCAAACGAGCUUCUCUUUCCAAUGAGAGCAUGGGCAAAGACAAUCAAUUCUUGCCCCUCUGCUUUCCACAGAAGCUUUGGAAAAUGCUGGAAAGCAGCAAGUUUCAGUCUAUUUGGUGGAGUGAGGGUGGAAAAUGYGUGGCCAUUAACAAAGAUCUCUUCAAAGUGGAGGUGCUGGGCAGGGGAGUUCAUCAGCGAGUUUUUAACACACGGCAGAUUGACAGUGUUAUCCGCCAGCUGAACCUCUAUGGAUUCACCAAAAUGCAGCGAGAUUUCCAAAGAUCUGCCUCCCUGCCUGAAUUCCUAUCAGAGGAAGCAGCAGCUUCUGCUCACAGCCAGGAAGACCCAUCCCUGGAGAGACACUUCAAAGGCCACAGAGAUGCUAUUACUAGCGUGGACUUCAGUUUCAAGAAGAAACAAUUGGCAAGUGGCUCAAUGGAUUCGUGCCUGAUGGUCUGGAGCAUGAAGCCUCAGAUGAGAGCCUAUCGCUUUGUGGGCCACAAAGAUGCAGUUUUAUGUGUCCARUUCUCACCUUCUGGUCACCUAGUGGCUUCAGGCUCUAGAGACAAAACAGUCCGUUUGUGGAGCCCUAGUUUCAAAGGAGAACCAACUGUGUUCAAGGCUCACACAGCAACUGUGAGAAGUGUCCAUUUCUCCAGCGAUGGCCAGUCCUUAGUUACAGCUUCCGAUGACAAAACAGUCAAAGUGUGGACAGUUCACAGGCAGAAGUUUCUGUUCUCACUGAGUCAGCACAUCAACUGGGUUCGCUGUGCCAGAUUCUCUCCUGAUGGACGAUUGAUAGUGUCAGCCAGUGAUGAUAAAACUGUYAAGCUGUGGGACAAAACUAGCAGAGAAUGCAUCCACUCCUUCUGUGAGCAUGGCGGGUUUGUGAACCACGUGGAUUUCCAUCCCAGUGGUAACUGCAUUGCUGCRGGGGGUACGGACAGCACGGUGAAGGUGUGGGAUAUCAGGAUGAACAGACUGCUUCAGCAUUACCAAGUGCACAGCUCUGUGGUCAACAGUCUUUCCUUUCACCCCUCUGGAAACUAUCUGGUUACUGCUUCCAAUGAUUCAACUCUUAAAAUUCUGGAUUUGCUAGAAGGAAGACUUCUCUAUACUCUCCAUGGUCACCAGGGGCCAGCUACCUGUGUAGCGUUUUCAAGAGAUGGAGAAUUUUUUGCUUCUGGAGGUUCUGAUGAACAGGUGAUGGUGUGGAAGACUAACUUUGCAACUGAUUAUGGUGAUGUAGUGAAACCCCAGAAAUGUGGCAGCAGUGUGGAUGGGACCCAUGGCACUGGGCAUUCAGAAAUGGAUUGCGGUAUUCAUCAUAAGAAAACAAAAACUCAGGAUUCUGAUAGGACCCACGAGCAAGAGGAGGAGAGCAGUCUUGCAAAUACCCUGGAGCAUAUUAUGGGACAGCUGGAUGUUCUGACUCAGACAGUUUCCAUCCUGGAGCAGAGGCUGACACUCACUGAAGACAAGCUGAAGGAAUGUCUUGAGAAUCAGCAGAAAAUCAUUCAGAACAAAACGAACUGAUUUCCUGAGAUCAGGAGCUGAAGGCAUUGGGAGGUUUGAGGUUGUUUGUGUUCCUAACAGACUGUGUGUGACUUGCUUUAACAAUUUUGAGCACAAUCUAUUUUUCAAUUGGAAUGUAUAGUUAUUGUAUCUGUAAAUAGCUUUGUUACUUUACUAAAAUAAA